AAUAAUUGGCCCGGGAAAGUCUCCGUGCUUUGUUCUGAGCAAAAGAUUGGCGUCUAGAACUAUGGAGGACCCUCGUGAUGAUGUAUGAUAUCAUUUGAUCUCAGCCCGCGUCGAGAUCGAUGAGAACCUUAUCCUGACUAUUAUUAAUGUAAAUCGACGAAGCAUCGUAAAUUGAUCAUUUAUUUGUUAUAUAUAUCCCUCUUCUCCUCAAUCGAUUACACCACAAUCCAAUUCUGACCAAGACAUCCAACCCGUCCAUCACAAAUUCUCACAAUGGCUCCAAAAGUCCUCAUCGUCCUCACCUCGCAGGACAAAUUCCCCGCCAACAACCACCCCACCGGCUGGUAUCUCCCCGAGUUCGCUCACCCAUGGCAAAUCCUGCACGACGCCGGCGUCGAGACCACAAUCGCCUCGCCCAAGGGCGGCGAAGCGCCUCUCGACCCCUCCUCCGUCAAAAUGUUCGAGAAGGACGAGAUCUCCGUCAACUUCCUGAACAACCAGCAAGCUCUGUGGAAGAACACCGUUCGAUUGGCCGACUUCGUCUCACGGGUUAGUGAAUUCGAUGCGAUUUUCUACGUUGGUGGACAUGGCCCAAUGUUCGAUCUCGUCAAUGACGCCGACUCCCUCUCCCUCAUCCAAUCCUUCGCUGUCGCUAAAAAGCCCGUGUCGGCUGUCUGCCACGGCCCCGUGGUAUUCGUCAACGCCACAACACCGUCUGGGCAGCCCUUGCUCAAGGGCUCUGCUGUGACGGCGUUCUCGAAUGUCGAGGAGGAUCAGGUGCAGUUGAGCUCGCUGAUGCCGUUCAUGCUCGAGGAUAAACUCAACCAAGUCACCGGCGGGAAAUUCGUCAAGGCGAAUGAGCCCUGGGGUGAGAAGGUGGUGGUGGACAAGACUGGGCUUGGCGGCCUGGUGAUUACGGGACAGAACCCGGCUAGUGCGACGGCUGUGGGCAAGGCCCUGCUAGAGGCCUUAGGGCUAUAG